CAAACACAAAGAACAACAAAAAUGAUAGAAUAUAAGUAGAUAGCUAGAUAGAUACCCCAGACAGAGUACAGUAAUAAUAACUAGAGAAGGUGAAGAUGCCAUCUCUGUGUCUCUCACCUUGAGCCUCUCUUGGCUGCCUUCAAGUGCUUUUGAGUUGUCUCUGUUCCCUUCCCCUCUCUCAGAUCCAAUCUCAACCCUAAUUCUCUUCCAAUUUCCAAUUUCUUCCCCAAAUUCAUUCAUUCUCUCACAGAUUCACCUUUCCAAAUUCCCCAAACCUUCCAUUUUUGCUUCCUUCCUUCUUCACCAACCUCCAUUGAUGAGACUUGAGUUGAAUUGAAGAAAAAUCCACAAUCCACAUCACAUGGAAGAUAUAGCUAAAUACUCUCACAGUCCUGCUCACGUGGCAGUUGCGAAACGCGACCACGCCGCGCUCCGCCGCCUCGUCUCCACCCUCCCCCGCCUCGCCAAGGCCGGCGAAGUCACCACGGAGGCAGAAUCCCUCACCGCCGAGGUAAGAGCCGAGGAGGUUUCCUCGGUUAUCGACCGCCGUGACGUUCCCGGGAGAGAAACCCCGCUCCACCUCGCGGUGCGACUCCGUGAUCCGGCCUCCGCCGAGAUUCUCAUGGCUGCCGGCGCGGAUUGGAGCUUGCAGAACGAGCAAGGGUGGAGCGCUCUACAGGAAGCUGUGUGUAGUAGAGAGGAAGCGAUUGCCGUCAUAAUCGCGCGGCACUAUCAGCCUCUCGCUUGGGCCAAAUGGUGCCGGAGGUUGCCGCGGAUCGUUGCUUCCGCUGCACGCAUUCGUGAUUUCUACAUGGAGAUUUCCUUCCAUUUUGAGAGCUCUGUGAUUCCUUUCAUCGGGAGGAUUGCCCCUUCUGAUACCUACCGGAUUUGGAAGCGCGGUUCGAAUCUCCGGGCUGAUAUGACGCUCGCCGGAUUCGAUGGCUUCCGGUUGCAGCGUUCCGAUCAGACCUUUUUGUUUCUGGGUGAAGGGUAUGCUUCUGAGGAUGGUAAUGUGGUUCUUCCGCCGGGUUCUUUGCUUGCUCUAGCUCACAAGGAGAAGGAAAUCACCAAUGCUUUGGAAGGAGCGGGGACGUUGCCGACGGAAGCUGAAGUUGCUCAUGAGGUUGCUUUGAUGUUUCAGACGAAUAUGUAUAGACCAGGGAUUGAUGUGACUCAAGCUGAGCUUGCUCCGCAUUUGAAUUGGAGGCGCCAGGAGAAGACUGAGAUGGUAGGGAACUGGAAGGCAAAGGUUUAUGAUAUGCUUCGUGUGAUGGUGAGUGUGAAAUCGAGGAGGGUUCCGGGAGCUUUGACCGAUGAAGAGCUUUUCGCUGUGGAGGAUGGUGAAAGUGUGAUGAAUGGAGAGAACAAUGAUGAGUAUGGUGAUGUGUUGACUGCUGAGGAAAGGAUGCAGUUGGAUUCCACGCUGCGAAUGGGGAACAAUGAGGGUGUUUGUCAGGAUGAGGAAGAAAAUGGUUCAGCUGCUGCCAAUGAGAAUUGUGAAGCCAAUGGUGGGGUUAAAGAGAAGAAGGGCUGGUUUGGUUGGAACAAGAAGAACAUGAAGAGUGGUGGAGAUGAACUUGAGGAUUCAAAAGUUUCGAAGAAAGCUUCAAUGUUGGGCCAAGAAGGUGGCAAUCAGAGAAAGUUACAACCUGAGUUUCUGAAGGAGGAUAAUGGUGGAGAAUUGAAGAAAGGGAAGGAUAAAAAUUUGAAAAAGAAGAUGAAAGGAACGUCUAAGGAGCCUAAGAAUGAGAGUGAAUACAAGAAGGGUUUAAGACCUGUUUUGUGGUUGACUCCAGACUUCCCUUUGAAAACAGAUGAACUUCUGCCUCUACUUGAUAUCUUAGCGAACAAGGUUAAAGCUAUUAGGAGACUCAGAGAGCUUUUGACAACCAAACUUCCUCAUGGAACCUUUCCUGUCAAGAUAGCUAUCCCUAUAGUCCCAACCGUGCGGGUCCUUGUCACUUUCACAAAAUUUGAGGAGCUUCAGCCAGCUGAGCUAGCUGAGGAGUUUUCAACUCCUCUUUCUAGCCCAGCUUACUUCCAGGAUACCAAAUCCAAGGAAUCAGAAGGGUCUGCAUCCUGGAUUUCAUGGGUGAAAGGAAGUCGUGGCACGCAAUCCAGCGACUCUGACGGUCACAGAUACAAGGAUGAAGUCGAUCCUUUCAGUAUUCCUUCAGACUACAAAUGGGUGGAUGCUAAUGAGAAGAAACGCCGAGCAAAGGCAAAAAGAGCCAAAAGUAGGAAACAAAAGAAGCAGACAGUUGCAAAAGGAGGCGAUGGUGUGCGCCAGGUGAGUGAGGAUGUUGAACAACACCAAUAACACGGUAUUUCUAUAAUCGCUACUUUGCUAGUGUUUGUUUUGAUACUAUAUAAUGUGAACGGAUUUUCAUUCCAAUCCAUAAGAAGGUGUCUGUUCACUUUGUACCGGUGCUAAUAGAUUUCCAAACAUAGCCUAAUCGUUGCCAUAGUGAGAGUGUAAAGAGAGAGAGUCUUUGUGCACAGCUGACUUAACUUUUCACUUUGGAUGAUCUCACCACGAAUUUACUGGAAACUUUUGUGCAAUCGGUUGUUACUCUUUAAGAAAGGGUGUGUCUCUAUGUUUUUCCCCUUUCAUGAUAUUGGAUUUGAAGGAGCUUUCAUCAUCUGAAAAUUAUUGUAUUGUCAUGUGAAAUGAAAACGAAGAGAGUCUAUAUGGUCCUCAGUUGCUACUUUCUUGGCUUCAUUCUAAUUUUCACUAGGAUACCACUAUUUGUAUCUAUAUUGAUAGUUAUUGGUUUUGCAUUUAUGUGAGUGGUAUUUCAGCUGUCAUUGUUGUUUGAUCAAGUUUUAGCUAUUCUUUCAAAGUGACUGUGGCCUAAUAGAAGUAUAUUUUGUUGUAACUUAUACCUAAAUUUAUUGAAUUGCAAGAAUCUUUCUGUUUCA